AUGCGGCGGCGGCGCCGGUUGCCCGGCUUCCAAGAUGGCGCGGGCUGCGGGCGGGACUUCCUCAGCGAGCGGCGGCGGCGCAUGCCGCGAUUGGGGGAGCAGCGAUGGCCGGGCAGCUGCCUCCUGGAGACGGGAGCUGUGAGGAAAAGUGCUGAAAAUCCCGCUUUUCCAUCGUCAUGCCCGGGUGUGGGUGAUGUGACAGGGGGAAGCGGGCUGGAGAAGGCGUGUUUUUCCCUUUGUCACCGGCUCUGGCUCCGUGAGGAGUUCGAACGCUCGCUGCCCCGCUGGGCCGGGCUCCCGGCGCGCUGUGUGGUGCUGCGGUUCCUGAAGUCCCCCCCCAACCAGACCAAGACUUCACAGGAAAUACUACACCAUCUGCAAAACAUCGUAGACUUUGGAAAACAUGUGAUGAAACAGUUCUUUGGGGAGAACUACGUUCACCACGGGGAAAUUAUUCAACUGCCUUUAGACUUCGUAAGACAGCUCUGUUUGAAAAUCCAACCAGAGAGGCCAGAGUGUCGCUGUGACAAGGACAUGGACACGCGCAGCGGGUUCGCGAUGUGCCUUCCCAACCUGACGCGGCCGCAGAGCUACCGCCUGGCCGAGCACCGGCCCCUGCUCUGCAUCGAGAUCAAGCCAAAGUGUGGCUUCAUUCCUUUCUCCAGCCAUGUUUCACAGGAGAUAAAGCACAAGGUGUGUCGUUACUGUAUGCAUCAGCAUCUAAAGGUAGCAAACGGAAAAUGGAAGCGACCCAGUAAAUAUUGCCCGUUGGAUCUCUUCUCAGGAAACAAACAGAGAAUGCACUUUGCUUUGAAGAGCUUAUUACAGGAGGCACAGAACAACUUGAAAAUAUUUAAGAAUGGUGAACUAAUUUAUGGCUGUAAGGAUGACCAGGACUGUGUCUCUGACUGGAACGAACUCGCUCGUCACUUAAAACCUUUCUUUUUCCCCUCCAACGGGCUGGUGAGUGGCCCCCACUGCACAAGGACAAUUGUUAAAGAACUGAUCCAGGUGAUAACCAUGACGCUGCUGAGUAGCACCGACACCUGCAGGGCAGGGGACAUGAAGACAGUGCCCCUUUCACAAGGACGAAGCUACUGUGAAGCAAGUGCUUUCAACAAGGAGCUGGUUAGGAAUGGUAAACACAAAUUGGAAAGCUCUGGCUUACCGAGGGGUUGUCUCCUUUAUAAAACCCUUCAGGCUCAGAUGCUUGACAUGCUGGAUAUUGAAGGACUCUAUCCUUUGUACAGUAGAGUUGAACAGUACUUGGAGGAAUUUCCUGAAGAGAGAAGUACAUUACAGAUAGAUGGACCUUACAAUGAGGCGUUCUAUGAGAAGCUGCUGGAUCUCUCCACGGAGGAUGAUGGGACAGUGGCCUUCGCCUUAACAAAGGUGCAGCAGUACAGAAUAGCCAUGACUGCUAAAGACUGCUCCAUCAUGAUUGCCCUUUCCCCCUGUCUGCAAGAUGAAUGCUCUGAGCAAAGAUCUGUGGUACUGGCAUCCAAAUCCAGAUUCACCUUUUCUGUCUCUGUGCUGGACCUGGACCUGAAGCCCUAUGAGAGCAUUCCCCACCAGUACAAACUGGAUGGGGAGAUAGUCAACUAUUACCUGAAGAAUGUACAGGCCAAAGAUGACCCUGUUAUGUCCAACCUCUUCAAGGAGAAUGAAGACUGCACAUUAGUUCUCCAUAAAGUGUAACCAUUUCCUUGAGGUUAUUUUUAUUCAAACACAUUAGAAAGUGAAAGAGUAAUGGAAUACAGUUAUGGUGAUUUUUUUUUUUCUUUUCUAUUGUGUUCAGUGCAUUUUUCAGCUGUGAAUGUUUUUGCUUUAUGAAAUGAUUUCUAAUGGGUGAUGCCUUCUCAGAGCCCUGAGAUAGCAUUUGCUUAAUGAAUGUAUUUAAUGUGACAGAACAGGUAAUGUGCCAUACCUUGGAACUAGAGGACAGAGCAAAUUAAUACAAAAAGUCUACUUAGAAUUGAAAGAGCACAGAAUGAAAGGUUUCCUGAAGUAUUGCACUAACAUAGAAAGCCUAAUUACUAACAAGAGA